AAAUACUCUAUAUUCCGUCACAUUUUGACGUGAGAAGCAAAAAUAAUCAAAUCAACAAAACGAAGAACAGAGAGAGAGAAAGGAAUAUGGAAGAAUCAGUGAAGAAAGGGACUGUGACUUCACUGGCGCCCCUGUUCCCAGUGGACGAGGCGCAGAAGGCGGCGAAGCGCGUCGAAGACGCCAUUGCCGACAAGCGCGGUGAGCUCGAUAGGGUACGAGGUUUCAUCGCCGACAACAACAACCUCGUCAACCUUGUCCACAAACUGCCUGAAGAACUCUCCCACGACAUCAUGGUUCCGUUUGGAAAAGCAGCGUUCUUCCCUGGUCGUUUGAUUCAUACCAACGAAUUCCUGGUUCUUUUGGGAGAAGGGUAUUAUGCAGAGAGAACUUCGAAUCAAACAGUUGAGAUUUUGCAGCGAAGAGGGAAGUCCAUGGAUUCGCAGGUUGAUUCCCUUGAGGCUAAUAUCAAGGACCUUGAAGCAGAGGCUUCGUUUUUCAAUGACAUAGUUUCUCAACUAGAGGAGGAUCUCGUGGAUAUAUGGGAAUAUGAGGAGGAAGACUCUAUUGAAGGGGAAUCCGAAUCAGGUAAACUGCAGCAAGAUGAACGUAUGCAGGCAAGAUAUGAUGAACUUGAGAAAGAAGAGCUUGCUGCAGAAAGUGGCAAUCAGAGUGAUGAAAAUGAUGAAAGUACUGGUGAUAUUGAUGAGAUGUCUUAUCAAGGACAUAUUGAUAACAAUCUCCAAAAUUCAAAAGAUUUUCGUCAAAGUGCACCACUGGGUCAGACUAAUGAUAAAAUUAAAAGAGCUGAGCUUCCAGAAAAGCAACAUCGUAAAGAAGAUAUAACUGAUCAGUUAAAUUUUGCUAGCCUGGGAGUGCAAUCUACUGUCAGAGAGAGGGAAAAACUUGUAGAAUCCAUUUAUCCUACUGAAAAGAUUCCUUUUGGUUCUAAAGAAAAACCAGCUCAAUCAACUAUAACAUCAAAAACCGAGGUUCCACACCAAACUGCACAAAGAUCAUUUGACAGUCGCAAGGCUUUUCCUGGCUCUAUUAUAGAGCAUGCUGAGAAUAUAGAAAGAUCUUCAAGAGAACAAAGUUCUGCUUCAUCACAGGGUUCUAGUUCUCAAUCUUCAAAACCAGUUUCCAGAUUCAAAAUGCAAAGAAGAUAACUAAAAAGAGAAGGUUGGAAUUUUUGUAUUUGGCGAUCUAAUGGUGUAGCAUCCGCGAUUCUAGGAUGUGCUGCUUGAGGUCAAAAGUAGAAAGAGUAAAAUAUGGAUAAAAUGAUUUGACUUUUGAGUAAUGAAAAAUGUAGGACCUUUUUGAUUCUCUUCUCACUUUUUUUUUUUGUUUAAAUUUUUUUUUUCUAAAACAUUUUCACAAUUAUAUUUUCAUCUGAAAUCUAUUUAAGUUUCAAAAUGGUUUCCAAGUGUUUUAAAGACCAAAAAUAGAUACUGUUAGUGAGAUGUUAUUUCAUCUUCUUUCUUCUGUUUUUUGUUCAAUUCUUCAAGGGACAGUAUUUUUUUACAAAGAAAUGUUUCUGAAGAAACAGAUUCUCUAAAAUGUUCCUUAGGGGAUAAACACAAGUAAAAAAAAAUGCUUUUAUGUUCUUCUUGGCAAAGGAAAAAAGUGGAAGAAAUAUAGAAAUUGACAUUUUUAUUAUACAAUUCAAAUAGACUUUUAUUAACUGAUUUAUCUCUUAUUUUCACCUGUGUCUGAAAUUAUGCAUUAGAUUUAAUGUAUUUGUUAUUGCAAUUAUUAUCAUUGAAAUAUUCUGAAGUCUCUGUUCUAUGCAUUUGGUACAUUAUUCCUUAGAAACCCAUUGCAUUUAAGAGGCCAGUAAGAAUAAAAAACGUUCUUAAUCCAGCUUUAAUCAACAAUGAAAAAACCUUUCAUUUUCCUA